AGGAACAUGGCUCCCGCCGCUGGCGGAGCGGAGCUGGGGCUGCAGUGAGCGCCCUCCCGACGGCCCGCCAUGGUGAACCCGAGCCGUGUGAAGCCCCAGCUGGAGGCGGGCGCUCCCCGCAGAGUCGAGCCCCCAGCGGCGCGGGCCAGGCUGAGCGGGCCCUCCCCCGGCGCUGACGGCGGCCUCGCGGCCCCGGGCCUCCCCUCCCCGGGCGGCCUCCGGGAGCCGCGGGGGCUGGACAUCGAGAUGGAGCGACUCCGCCAGGCGGCCGCCCGAGACCCUCCGGCCGGAGCCUCGGCGUCGCCGUCUCCGCCCCUGUCGGCGUGCUCGAGGCAGGCGUGGAGCCGGGACAACCCGGGCUUCGAGCCCGAGGACGACGAGGACGACGAAGACGACGAGGUGGAGGGGGAGGAGGGCGGCAUGGUGGUGGAGAUGGACGUGGAGUGGCGGCCGGGCAGCCGCAGGUCCGCCGCCUCGUCCGGGGUCGCCUCCUCCGGAGGCAGCGGCCUGGGGCUAGGCGGCUUCCACGGAGGCGGCCUCCCAAGCGGCCGCCGCCGGAGAAGGGAGGUCGCGGGGCCCGUGUGCACCGGCCCCGCGAGCCCCGGAGAGUCUCUGCACCGCCACCUCCCCCUGGACGGGCCGCAGCAGCCGGCGCCCCCGGCCCGGGCGCCUGGGGCCAAGAGGCUGCUGCGGGCGCUGCGAGGUCUCUGGGGAACAAGACUGAUGGAAGAAAGCAAUAUAAGCCGAGAGAAAUAUCUGAAAAGUGUUUUGAGAGAACUGGUUACAUACUUCCUCUUUCUUGUGGUUUUAUGUAUCUUGACCUAUGGGAUGGUGAGCUCCAGCAUGUACUACUACACCAGGGUCAUGUCGCAGCUUUUUUUAGAAACACCUGUGUCUAAAAUGGAGAAAACGAAUUUCAAGACACUCUCCACAAUGGAGGACUUCUGGAAGUUCACGGAGGGCUCUUUGCUGGAUGGUCUCUAUUGGGAGAUGUGGUACAACAACAGAAUGGUAGCUGAAAACCGGAGUUUCAUUUACUAUGAGAACCUGCUCUUGGGUGUGCCCCGAAUACGGCAACUGAAAGUCAGAAAUGGGUCUUGCUCUAUCCCCCCGGACUUGAGAGAGGAGAUUAAAGAGUGUUAUGAUGUCUAUUCUGUCAGCAAUGAAGAAAAGGCUCCAUUUGGCCUCCAGCAUGGAACAGCUUGGACAUACACAAAUGAAAAAGACUUAAAUGGGAGUAGUCACUGGGGAUUGAUUGCUACCUACAGUGGGGCUGGCUAUUAUCUGGACCUGUCAAAAACCAGAGAGGAAACCGCAGCACAGAUUGCUAUUCUAAAGAAAAACAUUUGGUUAGACAGAGGGACCAGGGCAACUUUUAUUGACUUCUCAGUAUACAAUGCCAACAUCAAUCUCUUUUGUGUGGUCAGAUUAUUGGUUGAGUUCCCAGCCACUGGUGGCGUGAUUACAUCUUGGCAAUUUCAGCCAGUGAAGCUGAUCCACUACAUCUCAACAUUUGAUUUCUUCCUGGCGACCUGUGAGAUCACCUUUUGUUUGUUUAUCCUUUACUAUAUAGUGGAAGAGGUUUUGGAAAUUCGUAUUCACAAAUUGCGUUAUUUCAGAAGUUUCUGGAACUGUCUGGAUAUCAUGAUUAUUGCGCUGUCAGUAGUGGCUAUAGGAAUUGACAUCUACAGGAAAUCCAAUGUGGAAUUGCUGCUGAAAUACCUCGAAGAUCAAAACACUUUCCCCAACUUGGAGCCUCUAGCGUAUUGGCAGAUACAGUUCAACAAUGUGACGGCUGUGAUGGUCUUCUUUGUUUGGAUUAAGCUUUUUAAAUUCAUCAACUUCAACAGAACCAUGAGCCAGCUGUCCACCACCAUGUCUCGUUGUGCCAAGGACCUCGUUGGCUUUGCAAUUAUGUUUUUGAUUAUUUUUCUUGCGUAUGCUCAGUUGGCCUACCUUGUCUUCGGCACCCAGAUUGAUGACUUCAGUACUUUCCAGGAGUGUAUCUUCACUCAAUUCCGUAUCAUUUUGGGAGAUUUCAACUUCACAGAACUUGAGGAAGCUAAUCGAGUUUUGGGACCCAUUUAUUUCACUACCUUUGUGUUCUUUACGUUCUUCAUUCUUUUGAACAUGUUUUUGGCCAUCAUCAAUGACACAUACUCUGAAGUUAAAUCUGAUAUGGCUCAGCAGAAGACUGAGAUGGAACUGUCAGAUCUCAUCAGAAAGGGCUGUCAUAAAGCUAUGGUCAAACUGAAACUUAAAAAAAACACCGUGGAUGACAUUUCAGAGAGUCUGCAGCAAGGCGGUGGCAAGUUAAACUUUGAUGAACUUCGCCAAGAUCUAAAAGGGAAGGGGCACACAGAUGCAGAGAUUGAAGCAAUAUUCACAAAAUAUGAUCAGGAUGGUGACCAAGAGUUGACUGAACAUGAACACCAGCAAAUGAGAGAUGACUUGGAAAAAGAGAGGGAGGAUCUGGACCUGGAUCAUAGCUCUUUGCCCCGACCUAUGAGCAUCCGCAGCUUCCCACGCAACCUGGAUGAUUCUGAAGAGGAUGAUGAUGAGGACAGUGGACAUAGCUCUCGAAGGAGGGGGAGCAGCUCUAGUGGGGUUUCUUAUGAAGAAUUUCAAGUACUGGUUAGACGAGUAGACCGAAUGGAACACUCCAUUGGCAGCAUUGUCUCCAAAAUUGAUGCUGUCAUCGUGAAACUGGAAAUCAUGGAGAGGGCCAAACUGAAAAGACGGGAAGUAUUGGGAAGACUGCUAGAUGGAGUGACAGAGGAUGAAAGACUUGGUCGUGAUAAUGAAAUCCACAGGGAGCAGAUGGAGCGCCUAGUGCGAGAAGAAUUGGAACGCUGGGAAUCAGAUGAUGCAGCUUCCCAACUAAGUCAGCGCUUAGGCACUCCUGUGGGGCCAAAUGGCCAGCCACGUCCGAGGAGUGCCCGUCCCUCAUCGUCUCAGUCUACAGAAGGUGUAGAAGGUGGAGGAGGAAAUGGAGGUGCCAGUGUCCAUGGAUAGUCUGUGCCUUGCUAAAGAGAAGCCAACAUCCUGAACUGCAGCAGUGAAUAUACUAUUUAUACCUCCUGACCAAAGUCUGAUGUUCAUGGUACCUUUGACCAAUUGUUUUUUUUUCCACUGCACUUUAAUUUAUUGUAUACAGAUUUUUCCCGUAGAUGAAGGAAGAUUUUUUUCUUUUUCUGUUUAUUGAGUGCAGAAAUGGCCAGAUCUUUUUUGAAGAAUAUUGAAAGCAGUAUUGUGUUGCUGUUGUGAGUCUUAGUAUAUCUCAUCAGUUGAUGGUAAAGUAACCUUUUAAACCAGCAGCAAUAAUGCUUUAGGUAAGGGGAAAAAAAGAACAGAAUUUUGUCUUCAAACCAAAAUAAGUCCAUAUUAUGUCAUAUUCGCAGAAUGGUUGAGGGAACAUGGCAGUGCUAACUUCAGCUCAGCCUGAACACUUCAUGUCAUAUCAAACUUAGUUCUUAGCUUUACUUUUAAUUUUUUUCAAAAGUGUUUGUUUCAACAGGGUGUCCAAUAUGAAACGUACGUGAAGGAUGAGAGAGACAGGAGCUCUUAAGCCAAAGGUUGAAUAGUCCUGCUUGGAAUUUCUUUGCUUAAUUAGCACAUUUAUUUAACAUUUAUAAUCACUGUCCACUUUCUGUGUUGUUUAUUAAGCCUGUAUAUGGAAGUAAAAACAUGGCAGAGCUGUCAUAUGAACUCUGGUUUGAAUGGAUCUAUAGGGACAGAUAAAGAUCAAGAUUGAUCCCAGGAUGGCCUCUGUAACACAAAGUCAUCAGCCAAGACUGAAAGGGAUGUGGAAUGCUGGUGGUUCCCUAAAUUAAAUCAGACUAAAUUUUGUAGUACACUUAGGUAAGAGAAAGAAAAAGUAAAAGACCUUUCAACUUCUCGAACCAAGAUAUAACCAAAUAGGGAAAUCAGGACUCCCUUACUAAAUUUAUGUACUAAAAGAUUCAAAUUUUAUAAGAAUUACUUUAUUAGAAUGUUAGUAUUAGGAUAGCAUAUAACCAGAAUGACCUAGCUUUACAGAAAGGAAGUUUUGGUAUUAAAAGUUAGAUCAUCACUGAAAGAUUGGUUUAUUUUGGAUUUGUAACUGCCCAAUUUUGAAGCCUUACGUUUUGAAGUAGAGAGGGUACAUUGUCUGAAGAAAAAAAUUCUGAGAGGUGAAAAGUUCUAUAGUUAACUGAAAGCUAAUAGUGCAAUGGAUAGAGUGCUUGGUCUGGAGUCAGGAAGACUCAUCUUCCUGAAUUCAAAUGUGAUCUCAGACACUCAACUAGCUGUGUGACCCUGAGCAAAUCACUUUACCCUGUUUGCCUCAGUUUCUUCAUUUGUAAAAUGAAUUGGAGAAGGAAAUGGCAGACCAUUCCAAUAUCUUUGCCAAGAAAAUUCCAAACAGUCACAAAAAGUCAGAUGUGACUGAAAAUAACUAAGCAACAAGAGGAGAGAAAACUAUUUCAGGGCUUGACCCUAAUAUCAAGAAUUGAAGGAAAUAGGUAGGGCAAUAUUAUUUAGGAUUUUUGGAGUAUGGAAGUUGUUUACAUGAAUUACUAUGUUGGUCAUCCAUUUACAAACAUAAGCAAAUAUGGUCCCUUAAGAUUGGUUUCUAAGGAAAAUAUGCCACAUUCCUUCGAAAUAUUUCCUCAGCCUGACUUUUGCACAUAUUUUCCUUCUAAUGUUACAUUUUUUUCUCAAUAUGCUAUAUCACUACAAAAAAAACUAUUUACUAAAUAAGAAAUCAAUGUAUUUGUAUCACUAGGGGUGUGUGUGUGUGAGUGUGUGUAUACAUGUUACUUAGAAACAAACUUCAUCUUGAAGUGCAAUAAAUUUCAUGGAAUAUCCAUGUAUGUGUGUUGACCAUGUGCCAAAAAGUAAUCAUGGCCAGUCUUUUAUCAUACUCUGUAUUAUUAUGUUAUUUUUAUUUUAAAUAUAAAGACUUCAUGUAGCUGCCAUUUUUUUUCUUCACCACAGUUGCCAUCUACCUUAGUCAUUGAAGAAUGUAAUCUCGCCUCCAUCUCCUUUUCUUUCCAACCCCUACCCUCUACUGGCCCUAGUAAAAGGCUCUUCCAUAUUUGGUGUUUUCUACAGCAAUCAAGCAUUUUAAUCAUUUUCUAACUCUGAGCACUUUACUUCUUAAUAAAGAUUUGUAUGUUACGUAUAACAGCA